AUUUUCGUCUGAGUUAGAUCAUGUACCAGUCUUUGCAUGUAAAAUUCUGGUCGCCCCUCAGCUGGCCCUCUCUUACAAGUUACAAGUUACAACUUAUAAGCCUACUUUUUUCUUUUUUUUUUUUAAUUAAAAAAAAAAAUCCUCCAUACUAGUUAAUCGCCGCUCGUCAUUGAACCAAAAUCAAUGCAGAAAUUCAACAUCAAUGGUGCCAACGCUUCAAGCUCACUUACUUAACUCCCUAACAAAUCCUCUCUCUUCCCAUUUUCAUGUCAAAACGCUUAUUAUCACUCAUAAAACCUCGCCAAAUCCUCAACUCAAAACCAUCGAAAACACUUUUUUAUGAAACCCAUAUCAAGAAAUUGGCUGAUGAAGCUUGCCAAUUACUCAAUACCCAUGAAAAUUGGGACCAAGUUUUGGAUACCCGACUUUCCGAAGAAUCAGUUGAACCAUCAGAAAUUUGCCAUCUUGUUUUUGAUCGAAUUAAGGAUGUUAGUUUAGGAUUAAAGUUUUAUGGUUGGUUUUCUCACAGAAAAUACUGUUCUUCCCUUGAUAGGUAUGCCUAUUCUUCACUUCUUAAGCUAUUAACGUCGAAUAGAAUGUUUAGUGAGGUUGAAAAUGUGUUGCAUUGUAUGAAAAAAGAGGAUGUUUUGCCUACUAUUGAAGCUUUUGAUGUAUUAAUUAGAGCUUAUGCUGAUUCUGGGUUGGUUGAGGAAUCUAGGGAGUUGUAUAAAUUUGUAAAUGAUGAAUUUGAUUGUAUGCCUAAUGUUUUUGCUUGCAAUUCAUUGCUUAAUGGUUUGGUGAAAUCGGGUCGUUUUGAGAUUGCACAAAAGGUGUAUGAUGAAAUGCUUGAGAGAGAUGAUAGUGGGAGGUGUUGUUUGGAUAAUCAUACUACUAGUAUAAUGGUGAAAGGUUUGUGUGAGCGUGGGAAAGUUGAGGAAGGGAGGAAAUUAAUUGAGGAUAGGUGGGGAAAGGGUUGUGUACCCAAUGUUGUGCUUUAUAAUACCCUUAUUGAUGGUUAUUGUAAGAAAGGGGAGAUUGCAAACGCAAAUAGGGUUUUAGAAGAGAUGAAAUUCAAAGGGUUUAUACCGAGUGUGGAGACCUAUGGAGCUAUAGUAAAUGGACAUUGUAGAGAAGGGAAUUUUGAGGAGAUUGAUAAAGUUUUAGCGGAGAUGAAAAUGAGGGGUUUGAAGGUUAAUGUCCAGAUUUAUAAUAACAUAAUCGAUGCCCGGUAUAAACAUGGUUGUUCUGUUGACCCUUAUGACAUGAUUAGAAGAGUUAAGGAUGGUGGUUGUAAACCAGAUAUUCAGACAUAUAAUAUUCUGAUAUCUGGGUUGUGUAAUAGUGGGCAGAUUGAGGAAGCAAACGCAAUUCUCGAGCUCGCCCUGAAAAGGGGUUUGGCUCCUGAUCAAUAUAGUUAUACUCCUUUGAUUCAUUUUUAUUGCAAACAAGGGGACACUGAUAAGGCUUCUUGCUUGCUUAUUGAAAUGACACGGAGAGGUCAUAAGCCUGAUAUGGUUACUUAUGGAGCUCUUGUACAUGGCCUUGUUGUUUGUGGUGAGACAAAUGCUGCAUUUAACUUUCGGAAGAAAAUGAUUGAGAGAGGAGUUAUGCCUGACGCUGCAAUUUACAAUGUUAUCAUGAAAGGAUUAUUCGGAAAAGGGUUGCUCUCUGCUGCUAAACAGUUGCUUAGUGAGAUGCUUGAUCAUGAUGUACGUCCUGAUGCUUUUGUUUACACUACAUUGGUUGAUGGGUUUGCCAGAAAUGGUAAUCUUGAUGAAUCAAAGAGGAUUUUUGAACUUGCUAUUGAAAAUGACGUAAAUCCUGGUGUUGUGGGAUAUAAUGCCAUGAUAAAAGCAUAUAGCAGACUUGGCAGGAUGAAUGAGGCAAUGCUCUGCUUCAGAAAAAUGGCACACAACCACCUUUCGGCCGAUGAAUUCACUUAUUCAACGUUAAUAGAUGGCUACGUCAAGCAACACAAUUUAGAUAAUGCAUUGAGGGUGUUUAAAGAGAUGGUAGAAAAGAAACUUAAACCUAAUGUGGUCACAUAUACGUCUCUUAUAAAUGGGUAUUGCCGACAAGGAAAUAUAUUUGAAGCUGAAAAAACUUUCAAGGAGAUGCAAUGUCACGGUUUAAUACCUAAUGUGAUCACAUACACCAUACUUAUUGGUGGGUUUUGCAAGGGGGGAAAUCUUGUUAAAGCUGCUUCCAUAUUUGAAGAGAUGCUGAUGAAGAAAUGCACCCCAAACGAUGUUACAUUCAAUUAUCUUGUUAAUGGAUUCACCUAUGAUGUGUCUGCUGCAAUAGAUGAGAAGGAAAAUGAAGCUGAAAUGCAUGGAAAUUCAAUCUUUAUAAAUCUUUUCAAAAGAUUGAUUUCUGAUCGUUUGCCUCCAAGAAAGUCGGUAUAUAAUUGCAUUAUCGUCUGCCUUUGUCUGCACAGAAUGCUCGAAACUGCGUUGCAGCUUGCACAGAAAGUUAUGAAUAAGAAUAUUAUUGAAGAAUCAUUCACUUUUGUUGCCUUGCUCCAUGGUAUUUGUAUGGAAGGAAGAUUAAGGGAAUGGAGAACAUUGAUUACAUUUAGUUUGAACGAACACGGGGUCCAUAGUGCUUUGAGGUACUCAAAGUUGUUGGAUAUGUACCUCCCUGAAGGGAUAUCACCUGAUGUUUCCAACAUUUUACAUCAAAUGGUUGAGGAUAGCAAGUUUAGCAGCUUCGAAGCUGAUCGCCCUAAAGCUUCUUUGAGAUAAUGGUUGAGGAUUGCAAGUAUAGCAGCGUUGGGGCUGAUUACCAUACAUCUUUACGAUAAUGGUUGAGGACUGCAACUGCAAGCAUAGCAGUUCGGAUGCUGAUCGUCAUACUGCUUCUGUGAAAUAGUGGGAAAACAACCAAUAUCCAGAUCUCGUAUAGAUCAAUCAGACCAAGCUCGUGGAUACAGGUGAGUACUCGUGCUCCAUUUGCUUACGGUCUUCUACUCUUGUUUGUCAUUUUUAUAUGGUUUUUCGUGGAUGAAUAAUGGAUGGUUGAUCGUGGAAGUAGACAUAUCUCAGCAUUAAUUUCACUGUGUUCCCAAGAACACUGUGUUCUUGUACUUGGUGCAUCCUUCGGUGUAUUUUGAAAUCCUAUUGCGAUUACCUAAUAAACCGGAGAUUCGAAAACAACUACCUAAUAAACCUUUUAUUUUAUGAAAUUACCUAAACCCACUUAUGUUCGCACUACCAGAUGAUGAUUCAGUUGAAGAAAUAGCAAAGUAUGGCACGGUUUUGGGAUUCCUAUUAGUGCUGUUAGCCAAUGAAACUGAGCUGCUGAUGAGUUUUUGUUUUGAAACGAAUUUUUAAAUGCAUUUAGCUUUGAUGCGUUCAUAUGUUUCAGAUUGAUUUUGUGCAUGGCCCGUUAAUCAACUUGAUGACAAUCAUGAAUUGAUACAAAUGACUGGAAGCUCGCAACUGCCUCUGCUACAAGAUACAGUAUGUUCUUUUGAAUUUCUAAUAGGAAAAAUAUGAAUUUGUUAAUGGUUUCCUUGAAGAACAUGUCAAAAAUGUCAUUCUAUUUUAGUUUAAGCCCAAGCUGCCUCUCUUGGUUCAAUUUCGGGAAACAGUCUUGUUUAUGUUGGUGCUUCGUACUGCCAGUAGCAGCAGCUCGAUAAACUGUAACAAUGGAUAGUAUAAGGAAUACAGUUAUACAUUUGCUUUAUAAAUAGCAAGUGCAGCUGAGCUACAUGGCCAUUAUCAGUGCAAUUCCUCUACACAUCUGAAAAUGAUGCAGCAUACAAUACAUUUUAUAAACAUCAAUCUUUUUCAAGCACCAAAAGUCGGUUACUUCACCUGUUCGUGGUUCUCAGACCUUGUACCCAACUUCGUUUUUGUGGAUUUGAAGAUCAUAUCAUGUUCAUGUAUGAUCAAUCAUGUCUGGCUCAAACCACGCGCGAAGAGUUAGAAACUCCCAUCAUGUCGAGGUCUCGACUCUUGAUGCAGCUCGAUGCAGUUCCUGUUCAUGGUUUUGCAAGACAUGUUGCCUUAUAGAUGCAAGCCUGCAAUAUGUAAUCUCGACUAUCGGAGUUCAAGAUUAGCAUUUAGCAAGCACACAUAUGUAAUGGAAAAUCGUCUAAUUUGUUUGAGGAGAUUGAGAAUUUGCGGAAUUUGUGAGGGAUGUUGAAUUUGCACUUCCGCAAUGGUGGUGGUUUUGUAGAGCACAAAUUCUCGUGUGAGGCGGUCUCUCGUUGAGAUGCGCCUCGUACAUGAAUUGAAUAGUCCAACUAAUACAAAUUAUUAGUAUAUGACCGUGUCAUUAAUAGAUAGUCUCUCAUAAGAUUAACUCUUAUAGAGUGGGAUUUGAGAAAUCAUGGAAAUAACAUAUUUGACAUUAAUACAAAUUACAAAAUAAAGAAAUAAGUACUUAUUUGAUAUUUCCUCACUUAUCUAAAACAAUGUUACUGUCAAUUGCAAAUACAAAGGAAUACAGUCAGCCAUAUGUUGGUUAAAUUAUGCUAAACCUUAGUAAGAAAUUAAUUGUCACCAAUAAAUUAGAUUGUAAAACAUAAAG